UGUGACAACACAGCUAUUAUGUGGGACAUCAACAAAGGACAGAAGCUGUGCAUCUUGAAUGAUCAUAAGAGUUAUGUGCAGGGAGUGACGUGGGAUCCUCUAGGACAAUACGUCGCCACUCUCAGCUGUGACAGGACGAUGCGUGUUUACAACACUCACACCAAGAAGAAAGCUUUCUGUAUCAGUAAAAUGAGCUCUGGGCCACUUGCUGAAGGAGAGGCCAAGCAGUACCGAAUCUUCCACGAUGACAGCAUGAGGUCGUUUUUCAGACGUCUAUCAUUCACACCUGAUGGGUCUUUCCUGAUCGCCCCAGCUGGAUGUGUGGAGAUUGGAGAAAAUAUCAUCAAUACCACCUACAUCUUUUCCAGGAAGAGCCUCAAGAGGCCCAUCGCCCACUUGCCAUCUCCAUCUAAAGCUACACUGGCUGUGCGCUGCUGCCCUGUCUACUUUGAACUAAGAACAAAGAAGGGAGAAGAUGGUUCGGUUGAGACGCUUCCCAACUUAUUCGAGUUGCCUUACCGUAUGGUGUUUGCUGUGGCUUCAGAGGACGCCAUCUUUUUGUAUGACACCCAGCAGACCAUUCCUUUCGGCCUGGUGUCCAACAUCCACUACCACACACUAAGUGAUCUUACAUGGUCUCGUGAUGGUUCCUUCCUGGCUGUGUCCUCCACAGACGGCUACUGUUCCUUCCUGUCCUUUUUUCCUGGGGAGCUGGGCACUCCUCUGAAAGAGCCCCCCACACUGGAGAUGUUUGUCCCGAACAGUGGUGCUGAGAAAAAGAGCAAGAAGUCCUCAGCGGGCAGGACAUCGUCUCCUGGGUCCCAGCCAUCAAGCUCGGCCCCGACUCCCACAUCCCAAACUAGCAAAGACAACCCCUCUUUCACCCCCCCAGAGGAGAAGAAGAGCACGCCCAGCACCAAGUGUAAACCUCAGCCCCGGAGGAUCACUCUCAACACUCUGGAAGGUUGGGGGAAGCCAACCAGCCCUAAAACCACGGCUCCUGCUGCACCUCAGACCCCAACAGCUGCAUGCACAAGUGCUCCAUCGACUCCUCAACCACACAUUGCCCCGCUGACUCCCACCAGCUCCUCCAAAACCCAACAACGCAUCACCCCUCUCACUCCCUCCACCCCUAAAGUCCAAAAUAGCGCUAAUACUCCUGUGCCCACUACUCCCAAAGGCAUAACCACCCCAAAAGGACCCACCCCAAGGAGAGUAUCUUUGACUACAGUUGCCCUCCGGUCCCCAGCUGUGAGUUCACUCUUCAGCACUCCCUCCUCCACUGAGAAGGCCAAACAUGAACGUCCUUCUCCACCCACUGAUCCAGUCUGCCAGCCUCCAGAGUCCAAAAGGCCAAAGACCAGUGACCCGCCCACAACGUCCAGUGACACGAAGCCGUAGCGUUCAUUGGGAGCAGUUGAAAACAACCACCGAGGCUCCCUGUGGAUCUAAUCCCAUAGAGCCAUUGUGUAUAGGUUGAGGUGUAUAUGUGUCUGUACCUGAUCUAAAAAGAUAAAGCUUUCACCUCACUUAAUGUACUGUUUUAAAACAAAUGUCACAGCAGUACAAUUUUGUUGUUGCUCAUGUUCUGUAUAGCACCGUAUACAGGUGAUAAAUAACUGUUUUAUGUUUUAUAUUUCGAUACUUAAAUGAAUUUGUAAAGAGGAAAACUUUCUCACUUUGUGUUAAACAUUUGCGUUUAAUUCACAACAAACUUUGUGUUUGUUGUGAAUUGGUGAAAUUAAAACUGCACUCCCAACCUGAAGAAUGAAAAAAAACAUGUUCCUCAAGGUUUGGUGCCUGUAUUUAGUACCGAGUCAUUUUUCUGAAGAUGUGACCUGCAAUUUAAGUGAAAAGCUCAGAAUUGCUGAGCAUUUAAGGCUCAUUUUCUUACUGUUUAAUAAAAUGUGAAAAAAACAUGUA